AUGAGCGACGCCAAACAGACAGAAUACGAGAAACUCAAGAAGAAACUUCAUCAGUCGAUCCUUGACAAGAAGAAUAUCGAUAAAGAACUCACCCAGAUAGAAGAAGACAUUUAUGGCAAAGAGACCCUUUAUUUGACCAACACCUACCACCAUUCGUACGGCAAUAUCAUCAAAGGGUUUGACAAUUUCCUUAAAACUGGGGGACAGUCGGCAGGUCAUCAUUCUGGUCUCAGUAGCCGAAGAAGAACCUCGUUCACUGAUGAUGACCGGAUUUUCUCGUUAAGUAGUGCGGUUUACGUAAAGCAUUUGCAAAGAAAGAACAGAGAUGCUGAUGAUGGCGCGGGGAAUAUUGGAGAACAAUUAGAUGAUAUGGACGACGAAGAUGACGAAGAUCAACUGGCCUCGGCGUCGAUGGCAUCAUCAUCAUCAUCAUCAUCAUCAUCAUCGAGGAAAAGAAAAAGAGAUGUAUAA